AGUAGUGGAUGUUUUUUUCUUCCGCCACAUUGGGACCCGCGAUCGGUUUCACUCGACGCAGGACAACUCCACAUCACCCACGGUUGCCUGCGCGAUCAACUCUCCACACCACAGACAAAGAGCUAGACUACGUGUGACGAGCAAGGACAUUACUGAAGAACAAAUGCUGGGAGCGACGAGAAAAUGGAGAGAGGAGUGGAUGGACAGGGAAACACGACAUGGAGAUUGGCGACGACCCGCAGCAUUUCGAGACUGUCAUGACGCGCAAAAAGUCUCGCGCGAAAUUUGCGAGAAGCGGGACGGUCUUCGGACGCCAUGGUGUCUUCGAGCGCAACUCCGACGUACCCGGGAGGUCGAUCGCCGAGGACGACGACGGCGUAGCGCAGCUCGAGGCGAACGACGACGAUGGCGCAGCUCAGGGCGAACGACGGCGAUGGUGCAACUCGGGGCGCUCGACGACGAUGCCGCAGCGCAGCGGAGCUGUCGUCGAGCACGAUUUUCAGGCUGCUGCUUGUGGCGUGCAUGUGGAUAAUGCGAAUGGCGGGAGACGAUCUGCACACUACGAAGCGUUCUACUUCACCAACAUUGUCGCCAAGCCGCUGCUCAUCGCGUCCACUCUACGGUUGUUCGAUCAUCACCGACACAUCAUCAAAUCAACGAACUCGGUGACGGAGCGGCUGGGCAAGGCGCAAGUAACGUUGGGACACGCGCCAAACUACAUUCCGGAGUGGGCAUCUUGCGGGGUCUGCUUCCGGCAUGAUGCCAACUUAGCAGGUCCCGACGAUGUGAGGCAGCUUGAGUGGUUGGGGACCGGACCCCCGGUAAACGACGACGAUGACGCAGAUGGGACAACGGUUGAAGGCGGGGAGGGGCAUCGUGGAUCGAUGGUGUUCAUCACGCGGCGCGACGACGACGAUGAUGAUGAUGAUGAUGAUCAUGUUGAUGAUGAUGAUGAUGUUGAUGAUGAUGUUGAUGAUGAUGAUGAUGAUGAUGAUGAUGAUGAUGAUGAUGAUGAUGAUGAUGAUGACGAUGAUGAUGAUGACGAUGAUGAUGAUGCUCAUGAUGCGACAUCCAUUAUGCUGAUGAUGACGAUUCGACGACGAUGAUGAUGAUGAUGCUGAUGCUGAUGCUGAUGUGACGACGAUG